CCAACCUACGAGUACUAUGGAUUCGUCAUGUAUUUAGUGUCGUUUGUUGUUCUAGGUGGGUAUUUCUUUUUUCCUGCUAUAAACAAAAAUGAUGAAAUUUUUAGAUCUUUGGCCAUCACAUCCUAAUUUAAGAUGGGUUAUUUUUCGCCUCCUCCAGGUAUCUACCUCAUCUGGGCAUAUGUGCCUGACGAGGUUCUGCAUAGUCUUGGCAUAACCUAUUACCCAAGCAGAUACUGGGCACUCGCUAUACCCGUUUGGAUCAUGACUCUAGUGUGGUUCGUUUUCAUAUCUUUCAUGUCCAUUAAUCUCAUGAACACAGCGCCAUUCGACUCCUUCACAUGCAUAACCGAUGAACACGCCAACGUGUUGACCUCUGCUCCGAGUCAAAAGGAUCAUCCCGAAGACUAUAUACCGGAGCUUCAUGAUAUUCCAAUCAGUGUGGUGAAUGCCAUGUUAUACCAGGAUGAAGCGGAGGAGGGUCUCUCUGAUCAAGCCUUUGUCGAAGCUCACUCCAUGACCCAUGAUGCAGAAGAAUGGCCAUUGUUUGGAAACUUCUCUUUGGGCUCAUAGUGGCCGUCCAAAAUGCACUUUUUCAGGCGCAGCUUUGCUCGCGAGCCCAUUUGUAAAAAAAUCUUUAUCCGUGCAAUUUUACGCUUUAUGGUCAUUUUACACCCAUGUAAAUAAUAAUAUCGACAUAUCCCUUUAGAAAUACCCGAAAGCCUUCCAGUCAUUAUUAAAGUAC